AUUAUAGCACCUAUAGCCAAGCUGCAGCUCAGCAGGGCUACAGCGCGUACGCACCUCAGCCAGCUCAAGGCUACGCACAGAGCACCCAGACAUAUGGGCAGCAGAGCUAUGGAACCUAUGGACAACCCACGGACGUCAGCUACUCCCAGCCCCAGACGACCGCAACAUACGGGCAGACGGCCUACGCCACGUCCUACGGGCAGCCCCCCGCCGUGGAAGGGACCAGGACAGGUUACAGCACCCCGACUGCCCCCCCAGCGUACAGCCAGCCCGUGCAGGGAUACGGCACAGCCCCCUAUGACACCAACACCGCGACGGUUACCACCACCCAGGCGUCCUACGCAGCACCCUCUGCCUACGGCACCCAGCCCGCGUACCCGGCCUACGGGCAGCAGCCACCAGCAGCUGCUCCCACAAGACCCCAGGAUGGCAGCAAACCAGCAGACACCAGCCAAGCACCAUCAAGUACAACCGGCUACAGCCAGCCCAGCCUGGGGUACGGGCAGAGCAACUACAGCUACCCCCAGGUGCCUGCCAGCUACCCCAUGCAGCCGGUCACCGCGCCGCCCUCCUACCCCCCUACCAGCUAUUCCUCCACACAGCCGAGCAGUUACGAUCAGAGCACUUACUCCCAGCAGAGCACCUAUGGGCAGCAGAGCACCUAUGGACAACAGACAAGCUAUGGCCAGCAAAGCAGCUAUGGGCAGCAGCCCCCACCGACCCGUUACCCCCCCCCAAGCGGGUCCUACAGCCAGGCCCCCAGCCAGUACAGCCAGCAGAGCAGCAGUUAUGGCCAACAGAGCUCAUUCCGUCAGGACCACCAGAGCAGCAUGAGUGUCUAUGGACAGGAUUCCGGAGGCUUUUCAGGCUCGGGAGAGAACCGGAAUCUGAGCGGCCCCGACGGCCGGGGCAGGGGACGAGGGGGAUAUGAGCGAGGAGGCAUGAGCAGAGGUGGGCGGGGAGGAGGACGCGGUGGAAUGGGCGCUGGAGAGCGAGGUGGCUUCAAUAAGCCUGGUGGACACAUGGAAGAAGGACCGGACCUUGAUUUAGGCCCCCCCAUGGAUCCAGAUGAGGACUCGGACAACAGUUCUGUGUAUGUGCAGGGACUCAAUGAUAACGUGACCCUGGAGGAUCUGACAGACUUCUUCAAGCAGUGUGGUGUUGUCAAGGUGAACAAGAGGACUGGGCAGCCCAUGAUACACCUCUACAUGGACAAGGAAACGGGCAAACCAAAAGGAGACGCCACCAUAUCUUAUGAUGACCCGUCCACUGCCAAGACAGCUGUGGAGUGGUUUGAUGGGAAGGAUUUCCAGGGCAGCAAGCUCAAAGUCACGCUGGCGCGGAAGAAGGGCCCGAUGAACAGCCUGCGGGGCGGGAUGCCGCCCCGGGAGCAGCGUGGAAUGCCGCCCCCACUGCGCGGAGGUCCAGGGGGGCCGAGCGGCCCCAUGGGGCGGAUGGGAGGCCGAGGUGGAGACCGGGGCGGCUUCUCCUCCAGAGGACCCCGAGGAUCGAGGGGGAACCCGUCCGGAGGGAGCGUCCAGCACCGUGCUGGCGACUGGCAGUGUCCCAACCCGGGCUGCGGGAACCAGAACUUCGCCUGGCGAACAGAGUGCAACCAGUGCAAGGCUCCCAAGCCUGAGGGCUUCCUGCCACCACCAUUCCCACCUCCAG